AUGAAACCCAGCAUUAUUCUCACGAUCAUUGGCCUGAGCCUUACCGCCAUUGCGGCCCCUACUCCGGGAAACUACCUUGGAACUCGUGAUGUCAAUGCCGACGAUUCCAAUCCUACUCCUCCAACCCCUCCGACCCCUCCCACACCCCCUAGUGCUCCCCUUAUUCCAGCUCCUGCUACCCCUACAAACACACCUGGAAAAGUCCCUGGCAAUUACCCUCUAGUCCCAGCUGCUCCACUAACUCCCCCGACUCCUCCUACCCCUCCUUCCCCUCCAUCUCCUUACGUUGGUCCUGUCAAUGCACCCGGAUAUCCUUAUGUCAAUGCUCCACCGACUCCCCCAACUCCCCCCACUCCCCCUACCCCUCCAAGCCCUACUGGUCCUAUGUAUAGUCCGGUUUUCGGUUCUAGAAACUACCCAAAUGCCCCUGCUACUCCCCCAACUCCACCAACUCCUCCCACUCCUCCCACCCCUUCUGGGGUCUGA